AUGGUCCCACCAAUCAUUAACGCGACCCUUCAAUCCACCGUCCUUACUCUCUGCUCACUCCUUAUUGCUCAGUAUUUCACGUCUUCGCCUCCGCCAAAUAUCCCAGCUCUUCUCCUCUACACCCUGCUCUCGACGCCUCCCAACUACCUUUGGCAGCAGUAUAUCGAAAAGAAAUUCCCCGGGUACACUCUCAAGAAAAUGAAUGUGGAUGACGGGGGCAAGGGUGUGGAGGUGGAGAAGAGGUUGAAUGUGCGGAACACGCUGAUCAAGCUUGGGCUCGAUCAAACGAUUUCGGCGGUGGUCAAUGUCGCGGCGUAUGUCGGAGGUAGUAGGGCAUUGAGGGGCGUGCCAUUAAAGGAAUGCUGGAUGGCGGUGAGGGAGCAAAUGUGGCCCGUCAUGAAAGCGGGCUAUAAGCUCUGGCCGGCCGUUAAUCUAGUGCAGCACUUGUUCAUACCCGUGGAGAGGAAGACGGUUGUUGGAAGCUUAGUAGGAAUGGGAUGGGGAGUGUAUCUGGCAUUAUUCGCUGCCCAAUAG